UGGGCCUAUUUGCCAUUACCCCUUUAAUUAAUUCACACAUUUAUAGAGAAAAAAUAAAUAAAUACAAAAUCACACAUUACGCAACUCCCCCCGCGCCGGCCACCGACCACCGCGGCAGUUCCACCUGCAAUACACCCUCCGCCGCCCCUCAGCCGCCGCUCCAUCUUCUCUCCCUCUUAAACCCCCAAUUUUUUCUCUCACUAACAUGCGCCAUCACCACCUCUUCUCUAUCACCACCAUGUCCCCUUCUUCCUCCCUAAAAAAACCCGCCGCCCCCAAAACCCCGUCGCCCCACCACCCAAAUCCCUCCGCCCGCCCUUCCCUCUGCCGGCACUCCCCCUCCGCCACCCUCGACCUACUCAUCUUCGUCCUCGUCCUCUUCUCCGGCACCUUCCUAAUCAUCUCCUACUUCUCCUACAUCUUCCACUCGCUAUCCCUAAUUCUGCCCCCUUUCUCCACCGUCGUUUCUCACAUUCACUACCAUUUAACUUCAAACCCCCAAUCUCAGUUGAUCCUCUUCGCUCUGUUCGUUAUCUCCUUCGCGGCGUUUGUUGUUCUGUUCGAGAUCUGCUGUGGUCACAGAUCGAGAAAAUGUGGGAGGAAAGGCUGCAGGGGGUUGAAGAAGGCUAUGGAGUUCGAUUUGCAGCUGCAGGGCGAGGAAUUGCUGCGAAUUGGUGACGGGAAUAAGGCGGUGAGAGAUGUGAAUGAGUUGCCGUGGAAAGGGGGGAGUGAAGAUAACCCUGAUUACGAGUGUUUACGUGCCGAAUUGAAGAAGAUGGCCCCACCUAAUGGGCGUGCUGUGCUGCUGUUUCGUGACAAAUGUGGGUGCCCGAUUUCGAAGCUCGAAGGAUGGGGGUCUAAACGCAGCCGUCGCCACAAGAAGAACCCGGCUCUUACUGGUGGAGGAGAUAAACGCUGACUGGGCGCGGAUUUUCUCACUUGGAAUCUAAUCAACCGUUUUCUUAUUUUGCCAUUCGUUUCAAUAUUGAUAGUUGUGACUUGUGACGACUCUCGAUUAUUGUCCUUACAUAGAAACAUAGAAACAUAAAAUCUUAACCACCACGUUAUCUGGGAAUAAGCGAAUCGAAAUUCCCAAGUAUAACACUACGACUAUUUGACUGUGCUUUGAUUUCUAUGUGUGUGGCAGAAAUUCAUUAUCGUUCGAAAUCUUGUUUUUUGUCAGGCAUGUGCAUGUUCUUUGCAGUUGAUCUUUCUGCUGGUGCUGCAUUAACUGAGUUUAGUUAGUACUCUGUUAUGUAAUGUUGAGAUUUCUUUUUCUAUGGUUA